AUGCCUUUGAAUAUUAUUGGGACUGCUCUCCUAGAUGGGACUGACAAAAUUCCUUACUUUCAAACAAUCAAAAAGGUGGCACCUUAUGUACUAGGGGCUGGUGCCAUUAAAUAUUGGUCAAGAGGACCAUCUAAUACAUGGGAAAGGAAGUUGCACGGUAAAGUUUACUUGGUUACCGGCGCUACCUCUCAAGGAAUGGGAACGUCUGUGGCGUAUAAAAUGGCGGAACUAGGCGCACAAUUGAUCAUCUUGGCUAGGGAAGUAGAUGAAUGGGUUACUGAAUGGUGCGAAGAAUUACGUGAAAAGACUAAAAACGAGUUGAUUUUUGUGGAAAAAUGUGAUUUGAGCAAUUUGUGGGAGAUUCGUAAAUUCGCCACAAGUUGGUUGGACAAUUCGCCACCUAGAAGGUUAGAUGGUGUCAUUGUCAUGUCUGGUGAUAUGGAGCCAUGGGGUAUCCCGAAAAUAUCUUUACCACAGAGGAGGUCAUCAAAGGAUGGGCUGGAACUACAAAUUGCUACAAACUAUGUAGCAAUUUUCCAUCUUCUGAACCUAUUACAACCUAGUUUCAAGGCUCAACCGCCUGAUAGAGAUGUAAGAAUCAUUAUUGCUACAUGCUGGUUACAAGUUGUUGGUGAUAUUAAUAUAGAAGAUCCCUUGUGGCAAAAUGCCAAAUAUAAAAGUGCUUUGAAGUUUUUCGCAAGCAGUAAGUUACAAUUGGGACUGAGCAUGAUGGAAUUGCAGAGAAGAAUUACUGAAGACAUUAAAAAUCAAAAGACAAAUGGCACUGAGAGAACAGGCAAAAAUGUUACCAUUACUAUGGUCCAACCUGGUACUAUGAGAUCAAACAGCUUACGUCGCGUCAUCAGUAAUGGUUCAGUGGCAUUGUUAAUAAUAGUGUACUGUAUUCUGUUGUAUCCUAUAUUGUGGCUGUUUACCAAGAGUGGUCGUCGUGGUGAUCAAAGUUUCUUGUACGCGUUAAUGACACCGGAGUUGGAGGAAAUAAACUUAAAAGACCCGAAGACUAAGUACAUCUCAGAUUGUUCACUUGUAAAAUUCGCUCGUAAAGAAUUUGAUGAUGAGGAAUUACAAAAGAAACUAUUCGAAAAUACGGAAAGAGAUAUUUUACAAUUGGAAAAGAAAGUAGCGGCAAAGAGAAAUGCCAAUAAGAAAACGGAACAAGGUUCUAAGAAGAAGAGUCAGAGCAAGAGUAGAAAAGACGAUUAG